AGCGAAUUGCCUGGCCAUGUUGUUGAAGCUGAAGAGCUUCGGAAGUUUAAGCUGGGCGCAAAUAAAUCUUUAUUACGUUGACUUUGAAGCUUAAUUUUUAACCAUUUUAAUGAAUUAAUGCUAGUGUAGCAAUACUUGAGUCGUUGUACUUCAUAUAGUUUUACUUUCUUCUAUUUCUUUCCUUUUCCUAACAAGUUGCUGGAGCCAUCUGGUUAUAGUCUUGGACUGUUCUUGGCUUGGCUUACAAUAUUCAUAAUAAUAAUAAUCAAGGAUUCUAGAGUGUCUUCUCUAGACUCCUUGUGCACUAUCAUACUCCGCGAUGUACUUGUGCGAGACUGCAAGCUUUGUGCGCGUGGUGAAGGGCCUGCUGCCGCCCGCUGAGGGGGAGCUGGAGGCCUUCCCCUUCCUCAAGCUGUUCCGGCGAUAUAACACCGACAGGGUGAGCUUGCCCCAGCACCCGGCUGACGGCAGCCACGAGGAGGAGGAGACAUUUGUGAACAACAAUACACAACAGAAGGCAGAGGAGGAGGAGAGGGAGGAGGAAGAGAAGGAGCAGGAGGAGGAGGAGGAGAAGGAGCAGAAGGUGAGCCUGAAGGAACAAGACGAGCUGUCUUCGUUCCCCGAGUUGCACGAACUGGAGGAAACACUGGACCCAUCUAGGGACGGGGAGCAACUCACACAGCAGGAGGAGGAGGAGGAGCAGGAGGCAGUGAGCCCCAAGGAACAAGACGAGUUGUCUCUGUUCCUCGAGCUGCAAGAACUAGCGAAAAGACAGGAGGAGGAACUGAAGCAAUCAGGGGAAGGGGAGCAUGUCAAACAGAAGGAGGAGGAGGAGGAGGAGGGAGAGAGCCGCAAAGAGCAGACCGAGUUAUCGUCGUUCCUCGAACUGAUGAAACUUGUGAAGAGACAAGAGGAGAUGCUGAAGACACCUGAGGACGGGGAGGAAAUCAAAGAGAAGGAGAAGGAUGAGAAGAACAUGGAGGAGGAGAAGGAGGAGGAGGAGGAAGAAGGAGUAAACCUCAAAGAACAAGACGAGUUGUCUUUGUUCCUCGAGCUGCAGGAACUUGUGAAGAGACAAGAGGAGAUGCUGAAGACACCUGAGGACGAGAAACCAAUACAAGAGGAGAAGAGAGAUAAUAACAUGGAGGAGGAGGCGGCGGAGGAGGCGAAGGAGGAGGAGGGAGGCAGCCUCAAGGAACAAGACGAGCUGGCGUUGUUCCUGGAGCUGCAGGAACUUGUGAAGAGACAAGAGGAGAUGCUGAAGACACCUGAGGACGAGAAACCAAUACAAGAGGAGAAAGAUACUAACACAGAGGAGGAGGAGGAGGAGGGAGGCAGCCUCAAGGAACAAGAUGAGCUGGCGUUGUUCCUGGAGCUGCAGGAGAUGGUGAAGGCGCAGGAAAAGGCACUAGAACAGCUGAAGGAUGUGGAGGUCACCAAACAGAAGUCCCGCAAGAGGGUGACCUUCUCCCUGGACAACGUGGCCCUCCCCGUCAAGGAGCGGGAGCUGUACAAUGGGCGGGAGUACUUCAAGUUCGGGCGCGGCCUGCUGGCCCUGCGUCCCGACCUGCGCCGCCAGGGUGACCAAAAGUCCCGCAAGAGAGUGACCUUCUGCCUGGACAACGUGGCCCUCCCCGUCAAGGAGCGGGAGCUGUACAAUGGGCGGGAGUACUUCAGGUGCCGCCGCCGCCUCCUGACGCUGCGCCCUGAGUUGGGCCGUCAAGAAAUGACCGCCCCGCCCCGCCGCCCGUCCCGCAUCCCCGUGCCCCGCCCCGCCAGGACGGCCUCGGCGUGGAACCCAACCCAACCUUCCCUCCGUGAACCAGUCCACGCCCUCAUAACCACCCCGCCCCGCCGCCCAUCCCGCAUCCCCGUGCCCCGCCCCGCCAGGACGGCCUCGGCGGGGAGCCCAACCCAGCCUCCCUUCCAUGAACCAGUCCACACCCUUACAGCCAUCAGCAACCGUUCCCGCCCCGCAUCCACAUCCCCGCCCCCCACCCCCCCGCCCCCCCUCCCCCCUCCUGCUCUAGGCGAAGAGUAAGGUGUUCAGCAGACAAGGGGCUGGUGCAGGAUUUCUCUUACUAUUAUAUAUCAUUACUUUUAAC